CACGCAAGCAGUCCCUUUACGAUAGUAUUUUUAUUUAUUUACGACGUUUUCACGAGAACAUAACAGAUUUGCCGGUACUGUAGAACAUGACAGCUCCACGCAAAAGUGUGCAGUGACAAGAAAGGUCCGUCGUCUUUGUAGUGAGGGUCCGUUUACCUCCAGAAGAGGGCGUGCAGGUUUCCCUUGGCGAAGUUGCCGAGAAGGACUCGACCGACUGGUGCACUUCUGUGCUAUUUGGAACUGCGAGACGGAGGGAGAGAACUAGGAAGAAAGGAAACCGCAUUUUCCCCCCACCGGCUAUUUUCACUCGACUGUUCAACCGACAUACAUUUUAGAUCCGUCGGAUCAGUUCAGCUUCCGCUAACUGUGGAAUGUAAACUGGUAGUCAAGAUACUGUAAUCUCCUGUCAAACAUUUGGAACGCGUUUUUGCUGAGGAGUUUUCGGUAUUUGGUGGUAUUCUCUCUUAAAAUCUGCCGAGAGGGGAAAAAAAAGAAAGAAAAAAAACAACGCCUACGCAAUAUGACAUGAUGGAUGGCUGGAAUGCAAAGAGAACGUUGCGUGUAUGUUCUCCAAACUUUAUUGUGAUUGUUAUUCUGGAUUAAAAUUAACUGGUUUGGGAAAUUCUUGAGAUUUUUCAACGUUUCAACUCAUUCUAAUUGUAGGCAUUACACUAAACCUUUGCCCUCGGAAAGUAUGCGAGUGGAUCUUCGUGAAAACUCUGGGCUUAUUUCCAGGUUUUAUUGGACAAGUGAGGCAUGAUCCACGGCUGGGCUGCGGGAUUGACCAAAAGAUACGUGGUUGCGAGACUCGCCUUCGCCCCCGAACUCAGCGGCGGGCAGGUGCGCUUGGAGUCCGCGGCUGCGCGAGGUGGUCGGCUCGUGGAUUAGAACGGAACCGUCAGAGAGGAGCGCGAGUCAUGCGGGCUCGGGAGGCAUGCGCUAGAAUGCUCUAAACCUGUGGACAGGACACGGACAAGUACGCGGAUAUGGGCUCCCUCCUCCAGGGCAGAAAGCUGCUGGUGCCCCUGCUGGUGCAGGCCCUCCUCCUGGCGGGGUGGUGCCGGGGCGAGAAGCCGUGCCCCCGGAGCUGCCGCUGCGACGGGAAGAUCGUGUACUGCGAGUCCAGCGCCUUCCGCGACGUGCCCAAGCACCUGUCCGGCGGCUGCCAGGGCCUGUCGCUGCGCUACAACAGCCUGGCGGGGCUGCGCGCGGGCCAGUUCGUGGGCCUCAACCAGCUGAUCUGGCUCUACCUGGACCACAACUACAUCAGCGGCGUGGACGCCCAGGCCUUCCGCGGCAUCCGCCGGCUCAAGGAGCUCAUCCUCAGCUCCAACCGGAUCACGCAGCUCCACAACACCACCUUCCACCCCGUGCCCAACCUGCGCAACCUGGACCUGUCCUACAACAAGCUGCAGGCGCUGCAGCCGGGCCAGUUCCAGGGCCUGCGCAAGCUGCUCAGCCUGCACCUGCGCUCCAACUCGCUGAAGAGCGUGCCCGUGCGCCUCUUCCAGGACUGCCGCAACCUGGAGUUCCUGGACCUGGGCUACAACCGCCUGAGGAGCAUCACCCGCAACGCCUUCCAGGGCCUGCUGCGUCUGACCGAGCUGCACCUGGAGCACAACCAGUUCUCCAAGAUCAACUUCUCCCACUUCCCGCGGCUGCUCAACCUGCGGGCGCUCUACCUGCAGUGGAACCGCAUCCGCUCCAUGAGCCAGGGCCUCACCUGGAUCUGGACCUCCCUGCAGAAGCUGGACCUGUCCGGCAACGACCUGCAGGCGGUGGAGGCCAGCGUCUACCAGAGCCUGCCCAACCUGCAGACCCUCAACCUGGACUCCAACAAGCUCAGCAACGUGUCCCAGGAGGCCGUGGCCGCCUGGAUCUCCCUCACCACCAUCAGCCUGGCGGGCAACGUGUGGGACUGUGGCCCGGCGGUCUGCCCCCUGGUGGCCUGGCUGAGGAACUUCAAGGGGAACAAGGAGACCACCAUGAUCUGCGCGGCGCCCAAGGCGGCGCAGGGGGAGAAGGUGACGGACGCCGUGGAGGCCAGCGGCGUGUGCCGGGCCACGCCCCGCCCCUCCGCCGUCGCCCCGGCGACCCCGCCGGAAACGCCCCGGCAGCCCGCGCCCCCCACGCCGUCCCGGGCCGGCCCCCCCGCCGGCGCCGCCGCCCCCCCCUCGGCCGCCGCCACCCCCGCCGCCCCCGAGCCGGAGUUCGAGCACGUCUCCUUCCACAAGAUCGUGGCGGGCAGCGUGGCGCUCUUCCUGUCGGUGGCCAUGAUCCUGCUGGUGAUCUACGUGUCGUGGAAGCGCUACCCCAGCAGCAUGCGGCAGCUGCAGGAGGGCGCGGCCGCGCGGACGCGCCGCAGGAAGCCGCGGGAGGCCGAGCGCACGCUCAGCUCCCCCCUGCAGGAGUACUAUGUGGACUACAAACCCACUAACUCUGAGACCAUGGACAUGCUGGUCAAUGGCAGCGGACCCUGCACGUACACCAUCUCCGGCUCCAGAGAAUGCGAGGUCCCGCACCAGGUGAGUGCUCUGACAUUCUACCGAUAUGACCAGCCCAUAGUGGACUACUGCCAGGCUCACCAAUCCUUGCACCUCAACAUGGGAUUUGAGGGCCCCCCCCAGGGCCUGGAGCGGCUGGAGGACCUGGGGCCCCGGGACGGCGGCACCAUCCAGACGGUGGCCAUCCCAACGGGGCCCGCGGCCUCUCUUGCCAACCCCCGGACCACGCCCACCGCCACGCCCUCGGGGGAGGGCCCCGCCCCCGGCUUCCCGCCCGCCGAGCGGUCCAUGCUAACUUUCGGACGCUAGAGCCCGCCGGCUCCGCCUCGGCCAACAGCGGUGCAAUGAGAGGGCGGGGCCUAACAGACGCCGCCUAAUGGGGUUCCCCGUUUUUUUAAACUCUGAAGCCCGUUUGGGGGGGGCUGCAGCGCUCACACGGGGUGGGGGGGGGGGUGGGGGGGGGGGCGGGGUUGACGGAAGCGCCGCAGGCCACGCCAGAGGAUCGCCACAUCUCCAUCCCUCGGCCCGCGCGGACGCGCGAACACGCGAGGAAAAUCUCGAGAGCGACACAUCGUUUAUUUACCGCUCCCUCGUUAUGUUCUCCACUCUUUGGUUUCCUUUAAAAAAAUUUUUUUUUUUUAAAACAGACGCAAAGUGGUCUCCCGGGGACCGGGGGACGCAGGCAUAAUUUCGGCGGCUGAGACAUCGAGCGCUAAACGUGGCUCGGUGUGCGCCCGCCGCGGGAGCUCCUGACCAGCAGGGCUAACAGCCCCCACUCCCCCCCGCCCCAGACGGAUGGAACGUGCAAUAAAGAGAAAGAGGGAAGACCGUAAAGGAGGAGGAAAAGAAUGGGCUAAUGAAACACGAUGGCAGAACAAAUUCAUGUUCAGCAGACCCGGGAAGAUUCUCGCUGUUAUUUCUAAUAAGGUGCCAGUUGCCGGUCCCACACGCCAUCAAAUGCGAACCCUAAUUUGAUUAUAAAAGGGGCGAGCUGUCCGGACUGAGUCAUUUCGUGGCACAUACUUAAUCUGCUUGUUUGUAAUUUGUUUGAUUGCUUUAUAUGAAUCUUUAAAUGUAAUACCGACUUUCUCACGAGCGAGCUCUGUUGAUGUGAAAACGUCUUACCAAAGACCCCCCCGAGUUUUAUUUUAAACGUUACGUUGCGGUUUUUUCGUUUCUCUCUCCUGGUUUGUAGUUCUGGUCACACGGCGUGUAUUUUUUGAGAAUGUUCCUAAUGUUUGUAAGUUAUUAUUCAGAACACGCCUCUGUACGGCCAUGUACACCGGUGGGAUUGUGUUUAUCAGUGACUCAUAGCAGAAGGUCCACAUCGUCAUUAGUCAUUGUUUUAAUUUGCAGACGGACCCUAGAGUGUUCAUGGAGGUAGGAGGGAAAACAAUCUGACAGGUGUUUUUUUUUAUAACAGGUUUAAGGGGCGCCCGUCUCCCAAAUGGCUUCAGUGCUGGUGGGUUUCAAAACCAGCCCCAUGCCUGAGCGUCUUUCUCGCAGUAUGUUUUUGUAAUUGUGUUUAAUUGGCACCCAGAGUGUGCACAAAUGGCCCUCUGACACGGCAACAUUUAGUGCCCGAAAAACGGAGAAAUGCGCGGAAAUGUCAAAUCCUCCCUGCGUAAACAUCAAAGAGAGAAACAAACUACCAGAAUCUAUUUUGAUAUAAACAAUGUGGGCUGAGAUGCAUGUGGGUCUUUCAUUUAUGGGGUUGUACAUUUAAUGGAAAAUCCCUUAAAAAUAUUUUUUCAGAAACCCAGACUUGAACCUCAGAACUAAUUUACCAUAAAUGACCACCAGGGGGAGUUCUGAGAGUCUGUUAUCAAUCUGAGGGAAUGUCAAAGUCAUAGAGCAAAUGCAACCUGGUCUUGGUUUAGUGAAUAAAGCUGCCAGCUGCUUACAACCAAAAUGAGCUGCUGGGCAGGAGCUGUCCCAGCAUGCCUCUGGACUCCACCAGUCCUCCUUUGAUUUCGAUUUAACUUAAGAAACAGGCCGUGCGCAAGAUCUUACACGGAUGACACGCCCACACUGGACUGCCCUCAGCAAUGUCUGGAGCCCUGCACAGGAUAGCUCACUCCCAAUAAUCCCACCCCCCGCCUGCUGCUGAAAGGUCCCAGAACCCCACCACCCCCCACCCAAACCCCGCCC